AUGGACGUCAACUCUGGUAUCCGGGUCGCCGUCGUCCCGGCCCAAUCUGCUUUCUUUGCUGGCGAGUCCUUCUCGGUGUCCGUUACCUUUACAAAUGUACGGAGCCCCAACUCUCCAGUGAAGCGGGCGACUUCCCAUUCCCACAAGCGUGCCGUACAUUCUAUCAGCUCUGCCCCCCUGGCACGUCCUCCUACCUCCCCUGUCACGCCUAGGACAGCCGUUCCUCCAAUUCUAACUUCUACACGAGAGGCAAAUAAAACAAGGACGAAACACGAGCGCAAAGGCCUUAUAGGUUCUGGUUCUUCCGAAGACAGUAGCAGUACGGGGACCAUUUCUCGCUCCUCGGAACAAUGGCGAGCGUUAUCAUCUUCUGGCACGUCGCCCUUACGAAACGCAUCACUCCCCGCGAAUCACCCUCAUGCGCGGAAACAGUCUGUCCAGGAUGCAACAUUAGAAACCCAACUUCAGCUGAAGGAGUUGUCUUCACCUGCCCCACCUGGUUCCGCAUCGACUUCGGCAUUUUCGCUUUCAUUAGAUACAAUCUCCGAGAACAACGCGGAUACGCAUCAAUACCCGCCACGACGUCGUCCACCCAAUCUGGGGCUCGGCCUCGGUGCUCCUCCUCGGAUUACGGCGGAGCACCAACCACCACACACCGCUUUCUCAUCUACAUUUGUACAGUCUGGAGCUGAGUUAUUGCUCUAUGCCUAUGCUCAACUUUCUGGCACGGUAAUGCUUUGCACCGACUCCAGUCAAGGAGAGAGUCUCACGCGAACGCAAGCACUGAACGCCGUGAGAUAUGCGCUACAGAGGAAGCAAGCGUUCGGUGGUGGACGCAUGGAUAUAUCAUCCUCUCUCGACGGCAGACCGGGGGAACCGUCAUCGCGACAUAAUCGGUCAAAUGGGCACGCCCGGGCUGCGUCCCUUUCCACAGGGCUCAUGUCUCUGCUCUCCCCACCAACGUCGUCUCACCAGCCGUGGAUUCCCAGCCACAAAGCGCGGUCUCCAUCGCUGAUUGCUUCCCUUAUUUCUCCGAGCGUGUCAUCACCCGCAUCAAUUAGUUCAAGGUCUGGAACGGACAGCUUCGAGGAAGUUACUCCCGAAACGCCGCUUCCAACAUUUGAGGUGCAGCCAGUGAUGCUGGCUGUCGAUCUAGUGCUUGCACCGGGGCAGAGUCGAACGUAUACAUAUUCUCUUCCGCUUCCUGAAACUCUCCCACCUACCUACCGUGGACGCGGUGUGAAGUUUUCAUACCAUCUCACUGUCGGCGUCUGCCGUGCAAAUCCGGGUCCCUACUCGUCUUCAUCGAAUAGCAGGAGCAGUACAAGCCAGGUUAUGCGCGUCCCUGUACGAAUUUACAGCCAUGUAGACGUAUCUGGUAUACAGAGACCGUAUGAUCUCCUUUGGCCGAUCUCGCACCCUCCAGGAAAGGAAUGGGCCGGACAUGUUUCUGAGAGUGGGGAUGCGGACAUACCAGUGCGACGUUCUACGAUGAGCAGCCCGCACGAGGCUCCGAAUUUGCCUGGUGCUGGUGUUGAUCAUGUCGCGACACUGCGUAACUAUGCUUUGAAUCUACUGGAUUCGGUAUCGGGCCAUGAUAUUGACAUAGUAGGUGAACCUGCAGAGACUAAGGCCCUAUCUCCAAUGAUUAAUGGUCAACAUGGCGUCCGCGGCCAUGGAGACGGAGAGCUGACCGGAUGCCGCGAAGCGGUGGAAAUUUUGACACGGAACAUGCGCAAAGUUUCGUACGAUGUGAAUAAAGACGGGCUAAAGGUGGCUGUUCUGACUUUUACGAAGUCCGCCUAUCGGCUUGGUGAGACAAUUGUUGGAAUCGUGGAACUGAACGAAAUUUCUUCCCGUGCGCGUGUACUCAAGUUGUCGGCCAUGCUUGAAGCUCAUGAGACGCUCCCAUCUUCGUUGGACCCAUCUGCCCAUGGAGCGAAGAAAUUACGCAAACUACAUGCUGAAUUCCAUACUUCGCUUACGCUAUCCACCUUGCGCACGUCGUUUUCGCUAGACAUACCGUCCGACGCAGCACCGGCCUUCCAAUAUACCUGUGCUCCACCGUUCUCCACGAAAGAGGAGCGUACAGGCGACGGCCGCCCAGGCGGGCUGGCCUGGACUGUUCGUCUGUGCUUACUUGUGUGUGUUACUAGUCCUCAUGCGAAGAAGGGAGUGGUCGGUGUACGUAUGAAGGGUCUUCUGUGUGACGGACCACAUGGUGAAUGGGGAACGGCCUGGCGACCAACCCGAGGGAUUGCACCACUGCAAAACAUCGACGCUCGAGCUGCUCGUCGAGCGCAACAGCGGGAGGCAUUAUCCACGACAAUGAAGGCCCAACAAAAGCAGCAACAGCAACAGCAGCAACGCGGUUGGGCGUCGUAUUUCCUGUCUGGUUUGCUUACUCCUGGUGAACGAGAGUACCAUGACGGUGACGAGGAACCGGAUGACUCUGAUUUGGAUGAUGCGCCUGUGUUGAGUGGCGUACACAGUGCCAGCAGAAGUGCAUUUGAUGAGACAAGGGUUAUACGAGAGGGCAUGGACGUCGAUAUUGAUCUCGGUGGAGGAGACGAAGGGUGGAGUGAACUACGUGCUGAGACUGUCGAGUGUGAGGUCCCGAUUCGCGUCUGGCCAGGAAACACUGCCUUCAAACCGAUGGAAGUCGUGUUUGACGUGUAAUUGAGAGGGUGAAUAUGCCUUCGAAAGCUUUGUUUACCCUUUGUCAAUUGCUUAGAUGAUACAAGUUCAGAGCCUUGUAUCAAAGGUAUGUAAUGUGUAAUAAUUAUUUGAG